CACUCGAGGGCUUGUCCGCCUCUCGCGUUGUUUGGUCGGGUCUUGCCUUUCUCUCGGCGGUGGGUCGGAGCCGCUGGCCUCGCAACGUUUUCUGUUUUCAAUUCGAUGCCUUGGUUGUAAAAUACGCUUUAUGAACGGUAGCACACAGGCUUCCACACAGCGUUCCUACACGUUUAAUAUCCUUUCUCGGUGUUUUUGCAUCCGUGACCGUUAAAUCGCGGCGAGAUGGCGGUGGUGAGCGGGUCGUCCGGGCCGGUCGCCCGGCUCGAGGGCCGAGAAUUCGAGUACGUGAUGAAGAAGCGGUCGGUGACCAUCGGACGGAACUCUUCGCAGGGCUCCGUGGACGUCAGCAUGGGCCACUCCAGCUUCAUAUCGCGGCGGCACCUGGAGAUAUUCACAGUGACCGACGACGGGCCGGGCGGCGGGGACUUCUACCUGCGGUGUCUGGGCAAAAACGGCGUGUUUGUGGACGGAGUGUUCCUGAGACGCGGCGCCCCCCCCCUGCAGCUCCCACGGGCGUGUACGUUCCGCUUCCCCAGCACCAACAUAAAGAUCAGCUUCACUGCGUUGUCCAGCGGCAAGAAGACGAAGAGGGAGGCGCCCGAGUCCCCCGUGAAGCCGGCCCAGCCGCACAUCGCCCCACUGACCAUAAACAUCCCGGACAACAUCGCCCACCUCAUGAGCCCCCUGCCCUCGCCCACGGGCACAAUCAGCGCGGCCAACUCGUGCCCCUCCAGCCCGCGGGGGGCGGGCUCCUCUGGCUACAGGAUGGGCGGCCGCAUGGUGAGCAACGCAGAGCUGCAGCUCCUCAACGAGAACUCCCAGCCGGACCAAGACAAGGACGCGUCCGGAGGAGACAGCCCCAAGGAUGACUCCAAGCCGCCCUACUCGUACGCCCAGCUGAUCGUCCAGGCCAUCACGCUGGCCCAGGACAAGCAGCUCACGCUCAACGGCAUCUACACCCACAUCACCAAGAACUACCCCUACUACCGCACUGCUGACAAGGGCUGGCAGAACUCGAUCCGCCACAACCUGUCGCUGAACCGCUACUUCAUCAAGGUGGCGCGGUCGCAGGAGGAGCCGGGCAAGGGCUCCUUCUGGAGGAUCGACCCCACCUCCGAGAGCAAGCUGAUCGAGCAGGCCUUCAGGAAACGACGGCCCCGGGGGGUCCCCUGCUUCCGCACCCCCCACGGGCCCCUCUCCUCCAGGAGCGCCCCGGCGUCCCCCAGCCACACGGGCGGCGGUCUCUCCGCCCACUCCAGCGGCAUCCAGACGCCCGACAGCCUAUCACGAGAGGGCUCUCCCGUUCCCAUGGAGCUGGAGCCGGCGCCCCCGCCGGCGCCGCCCACGCCCGCCGCCGCCGCCGCCCCGGUCGCCGCCCCGCCUAAACUGGCCGUGAUCCAGGAGGCCCGCUUCGCUCAGAACACGCCAGGCUCCAUGGCGGGCCAGCCGGUGCUGAUCGCGGUCCAGGGGCAGCUGCCGGCCAACCUGAAGCCGGUCACCUACACCAUGGCGUCCCCGGUGAGCAGCGGCGGCCAGCCGUCCUACCAGGCGGUCCACGUGCUCCAGCAGAUCCCCGCCCCGGCCUCGCUAGGCCCCGCCCUCAUCGCCCAGGCCGCCGCCAAGACCGAGCCGCAGGAGAACGGAGGGUACACAGAGGUCAAAGUUAAAGUGGAGCCGGUCCCCAGUAUCUCCCACCCAGCCUCUCUAGGGGGCGCCAGCUGCAUCAUCCAGAGCAGCUCCUCGGCCACGCCCCUUCAGACGGUUACCAUAGUGACGCAGGCUCCCCUGGGCCAGCACCAGCUGCCCAUCAAGACCAUCACCCAGAACGGCACACAUAGUAUGCCAGGAGCCCCCAGCACAGCGGUGGCCAGCCCCCUGCACCUGCUGGCGGCCCACGCCUCCGCCUCCGCCUCCCUGCCCACCAAGCGCCUCAACGGACCCGGCCCCCCCCCCGCCAAGCGGCUCAAACCCCAGGAGGAGGAGGAGGAGGUGGCGGCGGCGGAGGAGGAGGUGGUGAAGGAGGAGCAGGAAGAGAAGGCGGUGGCGGCGGAGUCCCCCAACGGCAGCGCAGAUCCCCCUGACACCAACUCCUCGACAGCUAACAACCAAGGGAACCACCUCAACUAGCCACACACACAUGGAUAAAUACACACGCACACACAAACGCACACACAUAAGCGUAAAUACACACGCACACGUAAAUACACGUACACACUGAGAACCACAUUACACACUGAGAGCCACACACACACACACACACGCAUAAAUACACACACACUAGGUUAUUCUCAUUUCUAUGUUCUGUGUAUUUUUACUACGUUUCUCAUGUCCUUCGUCUCUUUAAAUACUUGUUCUGCAACCGAGCCCCCGUGGUGCCAAGCCCCCCUCCACAAACAAGCGCGCUCACACACACACACACACACACACACACACACACACACACACACACACACACACAUGCAGAGGAUGAGGACUGAUCCGAGCUGCUGAGAUCGCGCCCGCCACCAGGGGUCCCCCUCUCCCCCUUGAACUACGAGUGACAUCAUCGAGACCAUAGGAAGCCUUAACAACAACAACAACAACAACCGUACGCCUCAAGAUGUGACCUUUGAACUCAAGCGGCCUUGACCUCUCGAUCAACGCAGAGGGGAUAGGCGGGCGCCCACACUCGCUCACUCACUCACUCACUCACUAAUUCAUUCAUUCAUUCAUUCAUUCCUGAACUCGGGGCCGUGGGACCUCUGGGACAUGUGACCACCGCCGGGGGUGUGGCCGAGGCGUGGAGCAGACCAAUGGGAAGCCUGGAGCGUUUGGCAGCUAGUCUUUGAAACACAGCACGGUCCCCCUUCCGACCAGAGGACUAGUUGGCGUCUUUUGUUUUUCGUGUCACGUCUUGAUUAGUAAUAAUUUAUUGAUUAGUUAUAAUUUAACAACAAUUUUUAAGGACGGCAUUCCACGAUGGGCCACUGCAGCCGUCGUGGGAGAUCUCCCCCCCUUUUUAUUUUACGUGGACUCCCUCAGUCUCCCGCCUCCCCUUGCAUACCUCCCCUCUCCCCUCUCCCUGGGUUUAGACGUGUAUGCCGUUGCUUAGUUGAACUUACUAUUUUACGACCCACAGUAUAUGAACCCCCCUCCCCGCAAUCCCCCCCCCCCCCAACCACAUGUGUAGACGUCCCACCUAUCUGCAUGCAACGGGCGGACACAGACAGACAGACAGACGGAGAUAAAGGGCUGUAAAGUUAAACCAAGUGGAGACGCACCUGCUCCCUUUCAGAUCAGAUCAGAUCAGAUUUUUUCUUCACAUCAAGAGUCGGUGACCCUCUCCCUUAAGGCUCCUUUAGAAUGUCCCUCCUCAUUUGGAGCUCGUUAGACCGUCCCUCCCUGUCAAGAGCUCGUUAAGACUGUUCCUCAGUGUCCUGCCUCGUUAUGCUUUGUUAGAAUGUCCCUCCUCGUAAAGGCUUGUUAGGAGCGUCCCUCGUUAAGGCUGUAGUUGGCUGUAUGGUGUUGGCCCCAGAUGUCCUUGCUUGAUAUUUUGACUUGCUUCUGGUCGCCCGGUGAGUCUGUCCUCAGAUCGUUUCCCAACGGCUACAAAGAAACUAAAAAAGAAGUAAGGAUUGAUGUUUGUUCUGCUUCAGUGAAGAAAUUGUUCUUUUUUUAAAUAAAUUAAUUUAAACCCUU